AUGUCAUCCUCCAAAGCAGAGCAAGCGUCGCAUUUCCCGACUACUACCGAAUCUUCCGGAGACUUGAAGAACUUGCCAAGAAAGCUCAUGAGCCCAGAUAUUCCACAGAGUCAUCAGGAUAGUAGCCGAACGCCUUCCUUCAUUUCAACUAAUCCAGAGGGAAACGAGUCUGGCCAGAUACCGAGCCUCAUGGAGGAAAUCCGAGCCUUGAAAGCAAGGAUUCUGGAAAUUGAAGGCAGAAACGAAAACCCGCGUUCAAACUCGAAAAUCGAACAACGCCCGCCAGGACUGAUUGAAGACAUGGAGAAGUAUCGGCGCAUGGAGAAAUGUUUAUACUCCCACAGAAAGGAAUGGGAGUCUCAGGACACGACAAAGAAUCUUGAUAUGGUUCCAGAUCAAGACAACUCAAGGCCUGGCGAAGGCAAUGGUCCCUGGAAAAUACACUGGAACAUUGUCCAUAAUCCCGGGGACUACAAACGACCAGACCCUUUCGACCCUUUACACGACUGCCAUAUUACAGGAGACACGAACCUGGACCAAGGAGGAAUGGACGACUUUGACGAGACGAUCGAUUACGGUAACCGGCGAGACCGCUUACGAAAGGCGUUCGAGUGGGAGAUGGACCGCUUGUACCUGUCCGAAGAAACUUCCAUUCGCCGUCGCAAGCAAGCUCAGCAGGCGAAAGAGAAAUUACCGUCGAGUGGUUUUGCCGGGACAUCUUCUGGCAGCAAUCGCCACCAAGCACCGCUUGUAAGAUCUGUUGAUUGGAACAGUUUCAAAAAGCUGGGCGAGUAUCAGCAAAUGAGUCUCUGUGCCAUCGACAUUCUCAUCGAGGAGCCCGUAAUCCAAGAAGACUGGAGGAUUUCAGGAUUCCAAGUCGGAUUUCGCAGGCGACGCAACCACCAGAAGGACCGACAAGCCCUUAACGCCAUCAUGUCAGCCCAGUUACCAGAACGAAUUCGCAUUAGUUCCGAUGCAAUUCCCGUGAUUCUCAACAAGAUACUCGAGCCAAGCGCAGAAAACUGGAUUAGGUCAGGGGGGGAGCCAGUGGUGUUCACAAGACCAUUCAAGUCCUUGACGUAUUGCGAGCAGGGUUUGAGAAACCUACAGAAAAAGCUCGAGAAUAGAAUCGCACGAGAGACCAUCCCAGAAGACAGCAACACCAGCCCCAAUAUGGUUGAUAUGUACAAUGAGCAGGAGCAGCGUCAAGACCCAAGUGUGAGAGUUGCACUCGAGCCUCAAAGGCCACCCUCUGAGAGAAAUAAGGCUGACGAACAGGUUAAGCAACUACAAUCUGAUGAUUCAAGUGAAUCAGAGAUAUCGGACCACGAAGACGAAAACGGGCUCAGGGAGCACGACCUUGACAUGAUAACGAAAUUACGACAGCCUGUUCAACAGCUGGCAUUCUUUCUCGACACUCUGAAACGCAAAGUUCUGCACAGAUGCGAGUAUCUCAACAGAAUGGAGAUUAUCCGCAGGGACGGUGAACAGGCCUACCGCGUGUUACACGUCACAAGCGCAAAUCAUCGAAUGAUAUCGCCGUGGCAAAGGUGGACCGACCCGCCUUACAACCCGGACGGCGAGACGAAGGAGCCAAGACCCGACUUCCGUAUAACUUGUAUCUACGUGGACGUAGACGGACAGCAUAUCGGACCAGUAGCGAAGACUUUCGACAUCAAACCCUUCGAAGGAGAGAGAGAAGCCACAUCCCUCGAGGUUUUCCCACUACGACUUUACACUGUCCGCAACGGAUUGGAGAACGAGGACGAGUGGAAUGAAGAGCUCACAUAUACCGAGGACUCUUGGCUUAGACAAAAGCUAAUCCAACGCGGAAGGAGGUUUCUUGACGUCUUGAGGGAGAGACGCUGGUUCUAUGCGGGGCCGACCCUCGACGAUUACGAAGAGGUUGAGGGAGAAGUUAUCGUGGAUUUUGAGGCUGCUUUUGACGUGCGAGAUGAGGAUGUUUCCCAAAACAAAAAGCCCCAGGUUGAUGGGCUUCCGAAUCUUUUGCUGGAUGAUUACGAAGUCGGAGAAGAGUGUCGCGCCAGCUUGGCAUGGCCGAACAUCUUUGUUCUCGUGGACCAAGAGGCCAUGACAGGAGAUGAUGAUGAACUCCGCAUUUGGCAAGUCGUCCUGAUCCAGAUCAGGGAUACCGCCAUCGCCGUUUCUAUCCGAGGUGGUAAGAAUGGCGACAGCAUGCUGCAGCUCGGACAUGCUAAGCUGCCUUCGGGCCCCAAAUACCAAGGAGAGGGCUCGCAGGGCGCGGAUUCUGUCGUUCUUGGGUUGACGCAAUAUUCUUUCCAUUGUUUCUUGGUAAGCAUCCUUGGCCCUGGACGGUAA